AUGCCGCUCAUGCGCAACCCCAUCCUGCCCGGCUUCAACGCCGACCCGUCCAUCGUGCGCGUCGGCGAGGACUACUACAUCGCCACGUCCACGUUUGAGUGGUUCCCCGGCGUGCAGAUCCAUCACUCGCGCGACCUCGCCAACUGGGAGCUGGUCUGCCGCCCGCUCACGCGCAAGGCGCAGCUCGACAUGCGCGGCAACCCCGACAGCUGCGGCAUCUGGGCGCCGUGCCUGACGCACGACGGCCAGCGCUUCUGGCUCGUCUACACCGACGUCAAGCGCAAGGACGGCUCCUUCAAGGACUGCUACAACUACAUCGUCACGGCGCCGGCCAUUGACGGCCCCUGGUCCGACCCCGUGCUCGUCAACUGCUCCGGCUUCGACCCCUCGCUGUUCCACGACGACGACGGCCGCAAGUGGUUCGUCAACAUGCUCUGGGACCACCGCCAGCGCCCGCACCUCUUUGCCGGCAUCGCGCUGCAGGAGUACGACCCCAAGCAGGGCCGGCUCGUCGGCCCCCGCAAGAACAUCUACCGCGGCACCGACCUCGCGCUCGUCGAGGGCCCGCACCUGUACAAGCGCGGCGGCUGGUACUACCUGCUCACGGCCGAGGGCGGCACGGCGUACGACCACGCCUGCACGCUGGCCCGGUCCAGGGACAUCUGGGGCCCCUACGAGACGCACCCGCAGAAGCACAUCGUCACGUCCAAGGACGCGCCCUUUGCGGCGAUUCAGCGAGCCGGCCACGGCGACAUUGUCGAGACGCCCGAGGGAAAGACGUACGUGGUGCACCUCGGCGGCCGUCCGACCGGCCAGGAGCGGCGCUGCGUGCUCGGGCGCGAGACCAACAUCCAGGAGGCCGCCUGGGCCGACGACGGAUGGCUGUACGUCAAGAACGGGCCCGUGCCGUCGCUGCACGUCGACGUGCCCGGCACCCGCGACGAGGCGCGCUACUGGGCCGAGCAGCGAUACACCUUUGCCAUCGACGGCGAGCUGCACAAGGACUUUCAGUGGCUGCGCACGCCAGAGCCGGAGCGCAUAUUUGCCGUCAGGGGCGGCCAGCUGGUGCUCACGGGACGCGAGGCCAUCGGCUCGUGGUUCGAGCAGGCCCUCGUGGCGCGACGCCAGACGCACUUUUCCUACGACGCCGAGACGGUCGUCGACUUUGCGCCGCGCGACGAGCGCACCUUUGCGGGCCUGACGGCGUACUACUCGCGCUUCAACUUCUUCUACCUGGCCGUGACGGCCGACGAGCACGGCGCGCGCGAGCUCGCCGUCAUGAGCUCCGAGGAGUCGUGGCCCGACGGCAAGCUCGAGCCCUUGGGCGCGGGCGAGGAGGGCGGCCGCGUCCUCGCGCUGCCCGGCGAGGGAAAGGUGAAGCUGGCGCUGACGAUUCGCGGGCGGGAGCUGCAGUUUUACUACGCCGUGCUGGGCCAGGGUCAGGACGAGGAGCUGCGCAAGGUUGGGCCCGUGCUGGACGCGUCGAUUGUGUCGGACGAGUGCGGCGGGCAUGCGGCGCACGGGAGCUUCACGGGUGCGUUUGUGGGCGUGGCGUGCUCGGAUCUGAACGGGGAGGCGACAGAGGCGCGGUUCGACUACUUUACGUAUCGGCCGGUGCAGCAUGCCACGGACCGGUACCAGGUGUAG